CGAAUCACCAUGAAAAGCGUCGUCAGUCAGGUAGCCGUCGUCGGUAGUGGAAUUUCAGGAGCAGUGUGCGAGUCAAGUCUCGCCAGGAAUGGGGUGUCCGUCACCAUUUUCGAGUCCGCUAGAGGUCCUGGUGGCCGCAUGUCUCAGCGAAGAGAAGUUGCUGAAGAUGGGAAGGAGCUGGUGUUCGACCACGGUGCUCCCUAUUUCAGUGUCAGCAAUGCUGAGGUGUUGGGUCUGGUUCGUGAGUGGGAAUCAAGAGGCCUUGUUGCUGAGUGGAAAGAGAAUUUUGGGUCUUUUGAUUGUAUCUCCAACAAAUUUGUUGACAUACAACAGGAAGGAUUAACCAAGAAAUAUGUGGGUGUGCCAGGCAUGAAUGCCAUAUGCAAAGCAUUAUGCCACGAGCCUGGAGUGGAUAGUAAAUUUGGGGUGGAUGUUGGAAGGUUGGAGUGGUUAGUGGAUGAGAAUUUAUGGUCUUUGGUGGGUUUGGAUGGACAAAAUCUCGGUCGCUUUCAGGGGGUGGUUGCAUCGGACAAAAACAUAGUUUCGCCAAGGUUUACAAAUGUAACAGAACGACCACCACCUCUUGAUCUGAAUUUGGUUCCAGAGUUCGCAGUGAAGUUGCAAGAUAUUCCUGUUAGCCCGUGUUUUGCUUUCAUGCUAGCAUUUGGAGAGCCUCUUUCUUCAAUUCCUAUAAAAGGCUUCAAAAUAAUAAACUCUGAUGUUUUAAGCUAGGCUUAUUGUGACAGUAGCAAGCCAGGGCAAUCUGCCAGUAGUGAACUGUGGGUUUUGCAUUCAACAACGGAGUAUGCAAAUAGCAUUAUUGCUCAAACUGGACUUCUAAAGCCCUCAGAAGCGACACUGACUAGAGUGGCUGAAGAACUUUUCCAUGAAUUUCAGAGCACUGGACUCAAUAUUCCUCUGCCCUUUUUUAAGAAGGCUCAUAGAUGGGGGAGUGCAUUUCCUGUUACAAGCAUAGCCGGAGAGGAGAAGUGCCUUUGGGAGAAGAACAAGAGGCUGGCCAUCGCUGGAGAUUUCUGUGUUAGUCCAAAUAUUGAAGGUGCCAUAGUUAGUGGCAUGGCUGCAGCUUCCAAGCUUAUUAGCUAUAGUGGUGAUUGUUGCAGACCGGGGAAGCUCUCCUACCAAGAACUUGGUACUGCAAAGCUCUCCGAUUUUUGUGAAUGGCUUUCCAUUCAUCCACUUGUUGCACAGUCAGAUGAUACAGAAGAUUUGGAUGUACACUGCAAUUCUCAUACGAUGAUAAUGUUUGCACAUCAUCUUAAGGUCCUUGAUGGAAUACAAGUGAGGCUCUUUAUUGGUGCUUACUGUUCAGUUAUUGAAAAUGGCUUGAAUGCACUUGUGGUAACUCUAUUGGAAGGAUACUCGGAUAAAAUAUUUGUUUUGGCUUAA